AUGAUCCCGCCAAGGGUUUCGUGUAGGGCCUGCAGUUCCGCCUGCAGUAGCCUACAAGCCAUCGCUCGAGACGGGGUGUAUUCGGCCUCCGCCAAUCCCAGCACAUACAGGGCCUCGUUACUUCUCAGCAAGCCUCACGUCCGGCUCUAUGCAGUCAGACAAAAAUCACAUCUGCAAAGCCCCACGCUUCAAUUAAAAGCCCAAGCCCAAUCCCGCCGGGGAUUCCAUUCCACACCAGCAACACACCUCGAAAAACAACCCUCUCCUUCUUCACCUUCCUCCCCCUGCUCAACGCGCCUCUCCUACCGCGUCGCCGUCUCCUCAAGCGGCAAAGGCCGCCGCUUCGACCCUCUCACAAACUCUUACAACUUCGACCCCUCCGCCGACGCCCUAGGCGUAACAAAAGACAAGAACAGCGUCAGCAGAAGACGCAACCGCCCGGACAGCGGCGAAGAUGCCUUCUUCGUAAGCCGAAUCGGAAUUCGAAUCUCAGACCACCAACAUGAAAACGCCGAAGCAGUCGCCUUCGCAGUAGCAGACGGUGUCGGCGGCUGGACCGAAUCCCGCGUCGAUCCGGCGGACUUUUCGCACGGGAUUUGCGGCUACAUGGCGCACACGGCACAGACCUGGCACGAGCCUGCUGAUCAGCUCCGCCCUAAACAGCUCCUCCAGGCUGGGUAUGACCAGGUCGUUGCUGACCCGACGAUUCGCGCCGGUGGUAGUACCGCCUCUGUUGGGAUUGCGUUGCCGGAUGGGCGGGUUGAAUUGGCGAAUUUGGGGGAUUCGGGGUCUGUUCUUUUACGGAGGGCUGCUGUGCAUCAGUAUUCUGUCCCGCAGACACAUGGGUUUAAUACGCCGUACCAGCUUAGUGUUAUCCCGCCUCGGAUGCGUGCCCAGGCUUCUGUCUUUGGUGGUGCCUUUUUGGAGGAUUUCCCUAAGGAUGCCAGUGUUACCAAUCUCAGGAUGCAGCAUGGGGAUGUGUUGAUGCUUGCUACCGAUGGCGUCUUUGAUAAUCUGAACAAUCAGGAUAUCCUCAAGCUCGUCACCGGCCGGAUGAUCCUGACCGGCGCGUGGACAGCCACCGAUUCUGGCGUCGGCGUUUCGGAUAACCUGCGCGCUUUGACUGCUCCUGGUGGUCUGGCUGAUGCAUUCCCUUCCACGUCAAGUUUGGCCAAGUCCAAGAAGGAGACAGAUGUCGAGGACCCUGUUUCUCGCCCUGAAGACCAAAUCACUUUGCAGUCUGUUCUCGCUGCUACCAUUGCCGGCGAGGCGAAGAAGGCUAGCAUGGACUACCGCCGCGAUGGCCCCUUUGCUAAGGAGGCUCAGCGCUAUUAUCCCGGUGACUACUACCGCGGCGGUAAGGUGGAUGACAUCUGUGUUGUGAUUGUCGUAGCUAUCGAUGAUAGCAUAGCUUCCAGCGGUGCAGUCUGA